AUGUCCGAGGACCCUGGCGUAGCAGAGAACCUGUAUGAGCGUCGCCGAAAGAGUAAUGGCUCUGUCCCUGCGCUGGUCCUCACGCCUGCCGAUGCUUUAGAUCGAUCUGAUCCAGAGCCUGUGCCCCUCUCGCCUCUCCUCUCGCCUGGGCAGGACGAGGACCUAGAGCGAUGGGAGCCUGCGCCUGAUCACAGGAAAGGAAGCUCGUCACGGCAUGCGUACCAUACCUCACAACGUACGUUUGUCAGCCGCCCAGCGCCUUCGCACACGGCGCCACUGCCUACGUUGCCACAGCGUGCCGAAGCAGGGCAGCCGGCAGGCAUACAAGCCAAGCUCUUGCGUACGGAGCGCGCCACCCUGGCCUCCCAUAUCUGGCAUCGAUGGACAGGCUACGAUGCCAUGCGUAGCGUAGGCACAUCCAUGUCCGCUCUAUCGCCCUACCAUGUCGAUUAUGCACCGCCUGCCUUGCCGACACGCGAUGCGGAAAAUACCCCUGCUCUUGGCACGGCCGACUUUCCUACCAUUGGCGUGCUACAUCGUGACUCCAGCAGUGAACCCCGAUCCAUGACGCCCAGUCUCCGCUCUGGACCGUCUCGCGGUGCCUCUCCCUCGCCCUCAUGUCGUGCGUCCAGCGCUGCGACCUUGCCUGGCAUUCUUCGGCAUACACGUACAGCGAGCCAGGAGCAAGCGCGCCUAACUGAUGCACAGGACUUGCCGGAGAGUGAAGCACUGCGUGUGUCAGACCUCUGUGCGAAUGUAGAGGCUUUGUCGCCGAACGACACUGCGGCGUCCUCUCGGCAAGGCAGUGUCACUGCACUGUCCAGUCGUUCAGGCAUCGAUCCUCUCACCAAGUCGGAAUCUAUGUCGUCUGGCUUGGCUGUACCGUGGAGGCAAAUUCCUAUGUACGACGACAAUGACGACGACGACGACGGCACGUAUUCGUCCUAUUCUUCGUCGUCGAGUGAUGAUGAAUCGCCGGGUAAAUCGCGCCCGAGCCUUCCACCAUGGCUUGCGCCGUACCAACAACACUACGAGUACCUGCCCACCAUCUCUCUUUCACAUGGUAGUACACUCACGAACAAGCAGAUGCAUUCGCGUAUGCGCCGCCGCCGCCGUGUGCCUGCGGAACUGCGUGACGAUGCGAUGUCAAAUUCACAGUUGUGGUCGCAUCUGCGCUCGUACCGACUGCGGCCUGAGGCAGAUGCAUCACUCUCUGUCUCCCCGCCUCGCCGGGAAAGUCCGCAGCCGUCGCUUCCUCAUGCUGCGUCGCGCAAGCACUCCCACGCGGGCGGGCACCCGAGCUUGGCGUCCAAACUUCGGACGCGGAAGCAGCGGGGUGAUUCGGAUGACGUCGCGUCCGUUGAGUCAAAUACGCUUCAGCCUCCCGGCGCAUCGAGGCCGUCCGUGCGUCCACGUGUAUGGCGCCGUCGCGAACGGCGGGCGUGGAACGAGGCGCCAGCUGCGAACGAUCUCGAGAACGACGGAGGAGAUGGCGUUCCCAACUCACAGCGCUCACGUCGUACGUCGACGCAGCCUAUGCGUGCUAUGCCAACGGCACCACAGUCCAAAACGACGCAGGGCGAGCCUGAUUUCGUGUACGAUAUGCUCCAUGAAAACCAGCGUGGAAUUGUCCUCUUUGGCGUGUCCAAGCGAUUCAGUUCAAAUGUGCUCUUCUUCUGGGAUCCUGCGCCGUGGACGGAUGCGCAUGGCAUUAAUACGGCCUUGACGCCCACAACCAUGCAGCUGCCUGACGAAUCCUGGGAGUGGGUCCAUUCCUCGUGGAUGGUCGAUAUGACAGGCGAUACCGAUGAGGAUGGAUGGCAGUACAGUGGCAGCUUCACUGGCCCCCAAAUCUGGCGGCGCACGCCGCAGAUUCAUUCGCACAAUGGGCCGACCCAAUGGAUGCAAGCGAUCCUCCAAAAGGCACGCUUGGCAGAAGAGAAGCAUAUAAUGCGUGUCCAAGAACGUGAUAAUAAGCGAGCUGACGAAGGCAUGGAGGCCUUUUUACGUACAAUGCGCUUUCGUACGCGAAAAUGGCACAGCGUGCCUGGCGUGUUUUCGUACGUACGCCGACGCCGUUGGGUCCGUCUACGGCGGCGUAUCGUCAGUACAUCGCUACCUGAGGGCAUGCGCGUGCUGCAGGCGGAUGGUUCCUCCACCGUGGUCCCACCCGCCUCUGUGGCAGAAGUACUUCAGUCGGCUACCAAGUCUCGAUCCCCUAUACCCAGCAAGUCCCGACAGGGUGGCUUGCCUACGAUUUCCACGUCCUCUACCGCACCCACACCCGAAGUGAUCCUCGUUGAUCCACCCGGCCUGCACGCAGGAAGGCGUGGCGCACACGACGAGACGCCUGCACCCAGUCUGCUCGCCCCCACCGUGGCACGCUCGAACAGCUCAUCCUCCAGUCCGCGGCCCAGUGUGUCCAGCGGCGCUAGCGAUCUGUCCCAGUCGUACCAACUGUCGCUCGCCAAGGACCGAUUGCAUCAGCUCCUACCCUUCUUCCUCGUCCCACCCUCGCAUCUUCCUGAACUUCUUCCUCCUGAUACACCGCCUUUGCAUGAGAUGGAAGCGUGGCGCCGUCAUUUCCGUUUCAUCCUCGAGCAGGAAACUUUCUUCCAAAACCCCUUCUUUGCAUUGGGGUGGGUCCAGCGAUGGCUCGCCCGCUCCGAUCUCUCGCAGGUCACACGGCCUUUGCGGGCACAGGAACGAGCGUACCAAAAUGCGUACCGAGCUGAUCCAUGGUGCUUGGACGUGCCUGUGUCGUCGCUCAGCCGACGUAACUCGAGUCCCAAUGUUGUCCCGAGGCUCAGUCUUACGCCAGCCGAGUGCUUGCUGCUCUCGUUAGGCGAUACACAAUCGUCGCAGCCUGCCCCCACACUUGUCCGCCAAGCUGUGGUCGAGCACAACUUUGAGAUGGUGAUACUGGCGAUGCGUCUGUGUACUUUGGACCGCUUGCGAAUCGAUAUGUGGCGCAUGUGGCUCGGUCUCCUUGAUCCUGCCAAGCUCCUCGAUGCUACGGAAACUGGUGGCCCUGGCCCGCUGACGGUACUUCAGCAGGAGUGGCAUCGGCGGCGGGCCAGGACACACGACAUCCAUGCUCUCGGGAAAACGCCUGCUAUGUUUUCGCCGUCCAUCGAGCGGAUCCUGCGCAACCGGAUCCGUGACUUUGGUCACUCGAAAACGGUCCUUCUUGACGUGUGGGACAUCCUUGUGGCCCAUGUAUGUACUCGCUACGCACUGACUUGGCAGCUGGAGGAUAUAUAUCGUAUGAUGGACCAUGAUAUGUCGCGCCACUGGCUACAGCAUAUUGUCCAAGAUAUGGCGGAUACCAAGUUCUACCUACACCCCCAGACGUCUUCCGAGGCGAGCUGCCCGCAUCCUGGUGAUCCACGCUGGCGGUUUGUGCGUUCAGGGGUCUUGCAGCUGCCACGCGUACCCACCUUGCAGUGUUGCUCGUGUCCUGGCAUGGUCUCCACGUGA